CUUGCGCGUCCAUUGCAAAAAAAAAUUCCUACACUACGGCUCGAAAUUUCUGCUACUACAAGACGACUUUAAUAACUAAAAACAAAAAGAUGCUGGAAAAAGCUCUGUAAAACGUGAACCAUUAAAAAGAGUGAUCCGCUAUUCGUUAAGUGAUUUUUAUUCGACACAAGGAAGAGGUAGGCUUGCUGCAACCGUUUGCGGCAUCUUCGUUUUCGCGUCGCUCCUUGGCUUCCCCAAACCCAAGCCACAGCUGCUCAUAUUGGCCUGAAAAAUGUCCCUCGAUGGUGCCCGGCUGCACUAUGUGGACAAGGAAGGGGCUACUGUGGUGGUGCCGGCGAAGGGUCGCUCCUUCCAAGUGGGCGCCUACCUUUCCUGCGACUUGCUCCUCGGUGGCGAGCAAGGGGAGCGACUGAUCUGCGAAAUAAUGCGAGAUGCAUUCGGCAGGGUGUACCUGUACAAUAAGUCUAUAAGUGAGACCAUCCAUUUGGAUGACAAGGCCAUCUUGCAGGGCAAGAAGCGACCUCUACUGCACGGCGGUCGAAUCAAAAUCUUUGAUCAGGACUAUACAUGGGAAUUCCCAAAAAGUGACGAUGCUGAGGAUGUACCCAGCACUCCAGAGCGCUUGUCGCCUGCCGAGCAGGGCUCCAAUUCCUGCCCAUCGCUCAAGUCCCACCGAGCGCAGAUCGACAAGCGCCUCACCGUACACAACUUCCACUACAGCAUAAACUCGGACGACGAGGGCAACACGUCCAUAGAGUCGCGCGACCAAGACGAGUCCCUUGCUGAAGCGGAAAAUGACCUGAAUUUGACGGCGCCACCCAGCUUGGAUCUCAUGACCUGCGAAACGCCCAAGGUGGAUCUGGUAGAAGCUACACAGAAUAAGGAAAACACCACCUCGACGCCGGCAAGUCACCAGAAGCUGCUGAUGCUCUGUGCCCGCUCCGACGUGGUCAUCACAUCUUUCUCGCCUCGUGAGACGGGAGUUAAGAUUGAAAAGUCAUUCACAUGCGUGCGUAAGCCAGCGGUUCCGACCAUUGCGAACGUAUCAACGCCGAAGAGCGUUUACAGUACACCGAAAGGAGUACUCUCGGAGCCGAACGACGACAGCUGCAGCCGCGAUCUGAUGGACUUCAGUACUCCCUCCACCUCAAAGAAGGGCAAGCGCGAGUCGUCCAUGUUUUUGAUUGACUUGACCACUCCCUCCAAGCUGCGGUCCACCAUCAACGCCAAACAGCUGCCAACACCGAUCAGCGUAGACAGCACUGACGAAUCCUCCGAUGGCUCGCCGAUGGUCAUCGAUAUAACCAACUCAGCCACAUCACAAUCGCCUGCAGUAUCCCAACUAAAGCAGCAGAACCAGACUCCCCGCCGGCUAGUUGGCGCCCCUGCCACACCAAAGCGCACACCCCAAUCCUUGAUGAAGCGGGCCCUGCUUACAAGUACAAAGAAGCAGAUCGCUUCCAAUUGUGCUGAAGCGAAAGGCUCCCCCACAGCCACUCCCACUCACAAGCGCACAUCUCUGCUAGAGGCGCGUCGCCAAUGCCUAACCACGCCGCGCCGCCUGCCAUUCCACCCGCACCGACAGACGCCCGUGCACCGACCCGGCAGUAAUGAGGACAGGAACAAACCACCGAAGACAUCGCCGCGUAAAAAACUGCCUCAGAAUUUGGGCACUCCUCGCGAAAACAAACUGUCCCAGCUUCGGAAGAGUCUCGCCCUGUCUAAACGCAGUCCAGGCGUGGAUAAGAGCAACAGGCUGGUGGCCAAGGCAUGCCGGUCACUUAACUCGCCGAAAAGCGGCUCUCCUAAGCCGGCCUCACCGAAGCCAGAGUCGCCGGUUAACCGCCUAACUUUCAACGUGUCUGAGAAGUGUUCAACUCCCGAACAGAACGACGAAUCGACGUCGGAACUAAGCCGCACUUUCACCAUAUUGGAUGAAAGCCAGGACGGAGACAAGAGCAAAGCGACAUCGGUGGUCGAAACGGUGGCAGCUCUUGUUACUGGGGAGGUCAGUUUUCAGAUCGAAGAUAGUGUUAAAGCGCUGGAUAAGAGUCUGCCGCUUCCUUUAAAGUCGGAUGAGACUAAAACGGGCCGUGUUGCAACUGAUUUGGAGUUAAAGGAGAAGGAAAUAGAGCCAAAGGAAGAUACAAAGCCGUCUGUAUCUGUAGAUGCUGGCCAAGUAGAUGCAAAUGAUGUAAUUCCCGAUUUGGAGCCGCAGUCAUCAAAAGCUGUGGAAGUUCAAAGUGUCGGUGACGUCGAAAACCCCGAAGAGGAUCCAGAAACUGCUCCUAUUAUAGAAGAGAGCAUCUGUGAAGAGGUUCAAGUUGAUAUACCCGAGAAGAGCCUCGAUGAAGCCGACAAGACCUUUGAAGUGGUAGAGGACAUUAUAUGCGAGGAGGUGCAGACUGAGGUUAAACCAAACGACAAAGAAGAAGCCGCUUCUCCAAUUAAACACAAAGAAACUUCGAGUGUCCAGCCACAAACUCCAGUGACCCGUAGAAGCUCACGACGCCUCUCGGUUGAUCAGAGAGCUGCGGUCACCACUCCAAGACGUAGCUCUCGCAGGGCCUCGAUGGAGGCUAGCAAGAAAGCGGAGACCGAUACCACCAAAAAACUAAAGCGCAGAGCCUCCUACUCCGCCGUAGAGAGACAUGAUGCGACUACGCCUCGUCGUAAGCGUCGUGUAUCGGAGGAUGUGUCAACGCCAACGCGACAGUCGAAGCGCUUACUAAACACUCCGAAAAAGACUCUAGCUGUGGAUGAGUCUGUUGGCGACAUGGGAGUCAUAGUGGAGGAGACUUCCCAUGAUCACGGGGAGAAAUCUAUUAUUGCCGAUGACGAAGAUUACGGAAACGAGUUGCCGGGCGACGAGGUGGACAAGGUCGACUACCACGGCCUCAGGGACUUGCUGAAAACACCAAAGAGCUGCAGCACGCCGCGGUUCAAGGGGCUGCGAGAGAUGAUGCGGACUCCGAAAGUUCCUGCUUCUCCCAUUUUGGACAAUAUCGAAGAGAUGCUGGAAAGCUCAGCAGGCAGUACACCCCAUCAUAAGAGCAGCUCUGUUUCUGCGGCUCACGUCACUAUAGAUGGUGGCAAACUACUAGACAGAGUUCUGAAGACUCCCAGCGCCAGAAACAUAAUGGUGCCCAAUGAUCCAGCGAGUGCAGUCCUCAAGUCUCGCACCGAUUCCGUAGCUCCUACUACCGAGUACAACUUGAGCAUGGGAAACGCAACGCUGCACCUGGACAAGAUCUUUGACGAUGUGGAUGAGACCGCAAACGACACCGAAGUGGAGAUCAAUGUUACCACCGUCAGCACUGUUGCAGAUCCACUUGAGAAAUCCACAAAGAACGACUCCAUUUCGUCAGAGGCCCUGAUGAGUGUCUGCAGCACCACUUCCUUGAGCGCCCUCAAGGAUCCGCUGACAAGUACAACCUAUAAAGGAGCCCUACAGGCGGACCAGCACAUUGGCGCUAAAAAUGAGCACAGACCGGCAUCACCCGAGGACGGUGAGAUGAGCGGCAUUCAACUUCUGGACCAGACUUCAGAUUCAAUGUUCUCCGAACCUUUGAUAGUGUCAGGUGUGGAUUCCUGUGACAUAACCGUAGAGGAGACCAAAGCGGACGUUCCUAUCAAGCUGGCGGAAGAACAUUCCGAAGAUCGGUCCGAUACAGACUCCACCGUAGGUCUGACGGAGCCUCUUGUCAUGAGCGAUGAUGAUGAGGAGGGCUCCGGAACGCCCAAGAAGUCUAAGGACAAAUCGGCAGCAGAAAAACUAGAUGAAACCGUUAAAGGAGAGUCGAUUGUGGACACCCUGGAGGAAUCUGUUAAUCAAGAAGUUCCUGCUAAGGAUACCCCAAGCAAUGAUGAUGUAUCAUCAGCUGGCGCAUCCAUCUCUAAAGCAUCAGAGAAACUAGAAGAGUCUCAGAUUGAGAUCUCGUUGAUUGAGGCAGAUGAGAGUGCAGCUGAAACCGACAAGUCCUUGGUCAUUGAGCUAGAUGAUUCAAGCGACACUGAGACACCACCUAAAGGUACCAAUGAGUCUGCUUCGGUUGAUUUGACUAUUCUGGAUGGUGAGACAUCGGAAUUGGCGGAAGAAUCCAAAUCAAUCUUUGAAAAUGAGACCUACUAUCUGGAUUCUACAGCGGAGUGCCGAUCAGUGAAUCAAUCGAGAAACGUGGACUCGGUAAUUGAUAUUUCUAAAGCAACAGAUGUUCUUUCCAAUGAGACCUCGGAAGAUGUUUCCAACUAUAUCUCUCCUGAGGUAGAAUCUGAGCCUUCUGUAGAACCAACAGAAAGUAUUUCUGAACUGUUGUCAGCUACAGACGAUGUCGCAGUUCAAGAAGUUCCUGAUGUAUCGUCCGAGAUUAACUCAUCUCCUGGUCCUGAAAAAGCUGAUCCACCGGUUUCUGAUAACAAUAGUGAGGAAGUUUCUAUCGCCAGUGUGUCAGAACAGAGUCGUGAUGAUAACCAAGAUGUAUCCUUCGUAUUACCAGCCGAAGAUGCAUCCGUAGCUGAAGAAGCCAUUACUUCAGACACAAACAAAGAGGCCGAGGAAACUGCUCCAAUUACCAUCGAAGAGAUCCCAUCAAUGGACAAGGAAUUUCUAUCAGAUGCAGCCAUUAAUGAUGGUAAGGAGGAAGUGGCAGAGGACAAAGAAGCCACUCCAGAAGACAAUGAGGAUAGUCCCUUAACAUUGGCGAAUCCUGCAGAAAGUGAGGGCAAGGCUCAACAGACCAAAGACAACGAAGCUGAGGCUGUCUCAUCAGACGUAACAGUGGAGGAUAAUGAUAUCUUCGAGGAGUCUUCAGUAACUGAUAAGUCUGUCAAGGAGGCUGUGGAAUCAGAAAACAGCGCUGCCAAGAUUGACAUUCCUUCUUUGGAUAAGCCUGCGUAUCAAGAUCUCUCUGAAGAAACCGGUAAAGCCGAAAAAUCUGAUGAGAAAACAGAAGAUGUUGAAACUGAGAUUCAAUCUAAGGAAGAAAGCCGAGUCCAAGAAGAAACCACCACUUCAGUUGCUGAAACCCUAUCCAACACAACUUCUGAAAUAACCUCCGCCGAAGUAGAACUAUCUUCUAACAACGAUAGUGAUGUUUGUUUCAUGGAGGAAUCUCUUUCUCAAAACCAAGCCGAUGAAACCUCUGAAGAUGUCGACAACUUUGAUGAGAAGUCUGAAGUAUUGGAAUCUACAAAUGCUGCCUCGUUUACUGGCAACGAUACUUCCAUCCCAUCUUUGGACAGAUCCCUUCAAGAAACUCCCCUUCUCGAAAAACCAAAGGACACAACCACUUGUGAUGUCAAAGAAUCUGAUGAGAAAACAGAAGGUGCAAAUAAGGCAGCUUCCUCCCAAGUUGCUUCAAGUUCUAAUAUCGAGGUACUUCCUGCAGCCGAACCUUCUAGCCAAGCAGACAAAACUUUGGGCAACGCCGAAGACUCUAUUUUAGAUACAGAGACAGAUACUCAGGGCGUAGUCGAUGUCUCUACCUCUGAUGCAAAGACGUCUGCUGAUGUUCUCAAGAAGGGUCUUGAAGAAUCAAUGCUUGGGGAAACACCCGAGAACGACAGUGUCCAAGUGAACAGCAUCCUAGAAACCGAAUCAGUUCAAGAGCCAUUAGUUGAAGAAACCGCUCCUCAUAAUCUGUCUAUUGCUGAGCUCACUAGGCUCGAUGCGUUCGCCAGUCUUGAAGAAGAAACGGAUGAGGUUAUUCAACUGGGUGAAGAAGAUUCUGAUGGUGCGCCUGCCGAAGAAGUGAUUUCGGCUGAAGAGAUUGAAGUUCCAAUUAGCGAAGAAUCCACCUCAAAAGAUACCAUUCAAGAUGCAGAUGCCAUCGAAGAAGCUAAGGAUGUAUGUUUGGCUGACGAUUCUACAACUAAACAAAAUCAGGAGCUGAAUAAAGAGACCGCAUUGGAAAACGCUACUGAAGAAGUUAAAGAAAUCAAUCCACCAGAACAACUUGAUGCACCUUCAACGAAGAUUAUUUCUCAACCUUGCAACGAUAUUGCAGCUAAGCCAGAGAUCUUAAAAGAUGCUGGCCCGAAGAGCUCAAAACCAACUCAAUUUAAAGCAGUUACUGAUGAAGCUAUUGUAGACACCGAAUCUCUGAGAAGGUUGGAUAUGGAACUCGAUCAGCUAGAAGAUACAGCCCUGGAUCAGCCCGGCUUUGACAUCGACGACGACCUGGAGAUCCUAAAUGAUAAGCCAAUUCAGGUUUCUGGUAAAGAAGUUUCUGAAAAGCAAGAAGAAACUUCGGAGAUCGAAACUGCUUCGAGCAACACUCUCAAAGAAUUGGAAUCCAAUCAGGCAGAAGAACUAGAUGUACCUUCAACGGAGUCGAUUCCAGAUCAACCAGGCAUACCUUCAGAGAGCCUCAAUAAUGUGGAUUCUGAAACCACAAAACCAACUCAGGUUUGUGAAAAAGAUGUUGCUGAAGAGAACGAAGUUACCUUUGAGACCGAUACUUGUCCGGAGGACGCAGACAAAGAAUUGGAAUCCAAGCAGCCAGAAGAACUUGACGCAUCUUCUACAAAGUUGGACGACACCGAGGUUUCGGAUGAAGACAAGGAGAAGGAGCCAAAGACAACUAUUGAUGGAGAGGAUACUCAAGAGCAAGAGGUCACUAUUGCAGCUCGCCCGAGCAACCCAACCAACCAGCCAGAAGAUGUGCUUUCAAUAGAGUCGGAGGAUCAACCCUCUAUCACUGAAGACACCGAGGUUCUGGAUGAUGUGGUCAAGGAGCCAGAAGCAACUCCUGCUAAAGAAGUAACUGAAGAGCAAGAGAUCACCUUUGAGGCCGAAACUUGUCCGAGCAACCAACCAGAAGAUGUGCCUUCGGAGUCUAUCAGGGAUCAACCCUCCAUCGAUGACUCUGAGAGCGUAAAAAAUCCUGAGGUUCGUGAUGAAGAAGUUACGGAGCAGCAGGAGGUUACUAUUCCGACUGAAAUAUCUCCGAGUGACGCAGACCAUGAAUCUACAACUGAAGUUCAAGCUCCGGAUGUUGUUGAGGACCUGGCAAAGCCUUCUAACGACAUUAACGCAUCUCCUGAAAAUUCAUUCCAAACUGAAAACGAAAAUCAAAAUGAUUCAAUUCUUAUUGAAGAUGAUUCGCUCCCCGCCAAGGAAACUCAAGAAUCAUUGAAGUUAACGGAGAAUCUUCUUGAAGGAAUGGAAGAAGCCCCAGCAUCCACAAAGGAGCCGAAUCUCGUAAUUGAGAUAGAAGAUUCCAGUUCCAGCGAACAGGAGUUUGGCAAAUCCGCGGUUGAUGUAGAUAAGCCCGAUGAAACCCUCAUAAUUGAUGAGGAUAAAUCGUCUUCAAAACAAUCAGAAACCAACAUCCCUGAUGCGGACAUUCCACCUACCACCGAUGACACCAAAGUAAUGACCUCUAACGAUCUCCCCGAAGAUGACAAGAAAUCGCAAGAAAGCAAAUCUGCCCUAGACGCCGUAAUGGAAGAAGCUCAAGAAGAGCCACCUCAGAGCUUGGAUGACCAAUCAAAGAUGGACACAGGUGUAGAUCAGCCUGUGAAGCCAUUGGACACCGAACCUUCCAAAGAAGCUACAGACGCCACCGAAGCAAACGAUGUGACUAUUAUUUCAGAUGACGAAUCUGAAGGUUCGCCUAAAGAAGAAGGAAACCAAAUCCCUGCCAAGGAGGAAAAAGCCCCCACAAACUUGACUAGUAUUGAAACAACAGAGGAGCCAACUCCACAAGCAGAAGCAGUGUCUCAUCCCAUUCCGAAGCCAUCGAUCGACGAAGAAGACACCCCCAAGGAGGAAAAAGCUGUUAAGCGAACGACUAGAAAGGGUUCGGCCCAUGCCGAUCCACCCAAUGAAGCCAUUGACUUGGGCAGGACGAAGAGACGUGGCCGAAAGCCAUCAGCUGAUGUGGUGGAAGAAGCAACUGACCAAAAGCCGGAGGAAAGUUCCAAGCGGCGACUCCGAAAGCCAUCAAAGGACGUCGAGGAAAGCAAACAAGAGCACGUUGCUAAAUCCCCCAAAGGUAAGCCGAAACUACGCGGGCGUACACCGUCAUCCGAGGUUGCCGAAGAGGUGGCACAAGACCACAAAGAGGCAGAAGAUCUACCACCCAUCGUGGAGGAGGCCCUUGAAUCUCCUGCACCCAACGAACAAAGCGAGGAACAUGCUCCGACUCAUAAUGAAAAGGUCAACAGCAGCGACAAGUCGGAGGAGGUUAUUCAUUCGGAGGAUAAGAUAAAUUCUGAAGAAUCCCCGAAGACUAAUGCUGAGGAAGUUGCGCCAAAGAAGGAUGCUGGUGCAGAGCACAAAGGAGAUCACGAGGAGCCUAAAAAACGACGUGGUCGCAAGCCCUCGGCAGACGUGGCAAGCAGUUCCUCAAAAGAUCCUGCAAAGGAAGUUGCAACGCAUGACUCUGAACCUCACAAGAAGGAGCAGGAGCUACCUUCUAUUCCAGAGAAGGAAUCUUCUGAGUCGAAGGCAACGGAGACGCCUGAAUCUCAUGAUCCUACUGAAAAACCAAAACGUCGCGGACGCAAACCGUCAAACAACGUCGUCCACGCAGACGUAGAGAAGCCCAAACGUAGGGCGAAAACUCCAGCGGACACUGACGACUCACCCGAAAAGAAGACACGCCGGAUUCAUCGCAAAGCCUCGGCGGAGACGGUCGAGUUGCCAGAGAAGGAACCUUCGCAGAAAAUUGACGAACAGGUGGUACUUGAUCCAAUUUCAGAAGAGAAGCCUUCGACAGAGGCCAAGGUGGAGGACGAAAGUGGCAAAGCAACAGAGCCAUCGCCCCUGCUGGAGAAGGAGGAACCCAAGACGCGACGCCGUGGUCGAAAGCCAACUGCAGAAUCGGCAGAGAUCCCAUCCAACUUGGUAAAAUCGCCCGAACCAUUGGCCGAAAAGGAGGAGCAUAAGAUCCGACGACGUGGUCGUAAGGCGACGGCCGAAACAGUGGAGCUGGCAACCAAGGAGGAUCUUAUUAAGGCUGGACCUAAAACGGAGACGGCUCACGAGACUCCGAAGCCGCUGGCGGAAGAAGCCGAACACAAACCACGGCGACGUGGUCGCAAACUCUCAGUAGAGGCAGAGAAUGUGUCAACUUUGAAGGACUUGGUACAUUCCGAAGCUGGGGAGAAGUGUGCUACACCACCAAAGACUGAACCAGAGCCGCUGGUACCGGUUCCAGAAGUGGAAGAAGAGCCUAAGACGCGGCGACGUGGUCGAAAACCCACAGCAGAAACAGUGGAGAUUCCAGCCAAGAAGGAGGCGACUCCUGAAGCGGCUCCGGUUGCGGUUUCGCGUCGACGCGGGCGUAAAGCUACCGAAGACGAAGACCACUCGACCAUGGAAUCGAAACCAAAACGUCGCGCGCGCAAGGCUUCUGUGGAGGAGGUGAAAGACGAUGUCCCGGUGACGCCACAAGUGGAUCUUCCUUCAGUGGUAGUGGUAGCACCCGAGGUGGUUGAAAAGAAGCCGGCUCGCCGUGCUCGCAAGGCUUCCUCCAAUGUGGACGAAUUGACCCCAGCAAAGAAGGCACCUGCCAGACGUGCACGAAAGGCAGAUGCGUCCCACGACGACGAGCUGGAGAAGCAAAUCAACCUGCAUGAUCUACCUACCGAGAACGUGGAUGCCGUCAUUGUCACAUCCGCUUCGGUUGAAACUCCUCAGGAUCCGGCAUCGAGUGGUGAGGCUGCCGAAGAAGAGAUGACGCCGCGCCGCCGUGAAGGUCGCAACCUGCCUCGCAAAAACUAUGACGAGACCUCCGACGAGGACAAGCGCAGCUCCUCGCAUCGCCGAGCACGAAAGCCCGCAGUUACCAAGGCUCCAGUGGCUGAAGCGCCGCAGGUGACACCCCAGAAGAUUGUGCCACCUGUUGAGGAAGUUGCCACACCGGUGAAUACAAUGCCACCUCCUGAGCCGACGACCUCGCAACGCCGCGAGGGGCGCAACCUGCCCCGUAAGAACUACGCCGAAGCGCCGGAUGAGGACAAGCGUUCCGCGUCUCGUAGCCGGCGGGUUCGCCAACCGACUGUUAAAGCCCUGGAGUUGAUUGUGAGCAACUCCCCACGGCCGGAUACGCCGAAAAAACGAAAGGGAAAGGCUGCAGCGGGUGAGGAACCGCAAGAGAAAAAGGUGGCCCAGGAGGCACCAGCGCCGCAAGCCGCUGUCGAACCGGCGCCAGCUGUUACAGCUCCAAAGGCUCGUGGUGGACGUCGCAAGGCGGAGGAGAUUCCUGUGGGCGAACCUCUGGAACCGGAGGUGGAGGCAAAGCCAGCGAAAAAGAACGCACGCGCUCCAGCUCGCAAGGCCAAGGCUCCGGUUGAGGCUCCGGCGGAGGAUCAUCCGCCCGCCAAAAAGAGCCGCGUUGCGUCCCGCGCCAAGACGCCAGUUGCAGCGGCGGAAGAGGCAACCCCCGAACCAGAAGUGCCGGCGAAGAAGCCCGCCGCCCGAAGCCGUGCCCGCGGCGGUGCCAAAGCUGCCAAAGCAGCUGCUGUUGUGGAGGAACCUCAACCACCUGCCCAGGAAUCGGAAACCGAAGCUCCAGCCUCGACGGCAGCGCGCGGUGGACGAGCUCGGAAGGUCCACUUUGAGGCCAGCAUAACUCCUGCGGAGGCAGCCGGCAACGAAGCGGCGGCACCCAAACGAGCCACUCGCUCGCGCCGGAAGUAAUUUAUUUGAGUUUUGAUUCCAUCGUUUUAGCUUAUUCCUACAUAUAUUUUUUAUUAAUCCAUUUGUUAUUAUUUAAAUCACAUUUGUAAAAAAUUUUUGGAUUUUUUAAAUUUCGAGUCAGGAUAAUUGUAAGUUUUAUUGUUAUGAUUCGCAUCAGUCGUACGUAAUUGGCACGCUUUGAACGUAAAUAAAAACAACACCUUAAUAGGCCUAAGUACGGUACCAUAAUAAUUAAUCGUAGUUUUAAUACAAGAACUUAUCGCAGAUCCCAAAAACAAAAUAAAGAAAA